CGAAAUUAUAAAAAUGUCUGGACGCGGAAAGACCGGAGGCAAAGCCAGAGCCAAGGCCAAGACUCGCUCAUCCCGUGCUGGUCUUCAGUUCCCAGUUGGCCGUGUUCACAGGCUGCUGAGGAAAGGAAACUACGCGGAGCGCGUCGGUGCCGGAGCUCCAGUGUACCUGGCCGCGGUGCUGGAAUACCUGACUGCUGAGAUCCUGGAGCUGGCCGGAAACGCGGCCCGCGACAACAAGAAGACCAGGAUCAUCCCCCGCCACCUGCAGCUGGCCGUCCGCAACGACGAGGAGCUGAACAAGCUGCUGGGCGGAGUCACCAUCGCUCAGGGUGGCGUCCUCCCCAACAUCCAGGCUGUGCUGCUGCCCAAGAAGACCGAGAAGCCCGCCAAGGCCAAGUAGAUGUUCUCGGCUACAACAACCCAACGGUUCUUUUAAGAGCCACCCA